AUGACUUUUCACUUUCAGUUUGGAUUUAACAUGUUUCCGGAGAUUGUCAGACCUUUCAACAACCACUAUAGAUGUUUUUCUGUGUCAAUGUUACCGGGUACAUAUCGACGAGAUGUAGAACGUGGAGGGAAAAUAAUCAUGCCACCCUCAGCUUUAGAGCAUCUCACAAGAUUAAAUAUUAGAUUUCCUAUGUUAUUCAGAUUAAGUAAUGAAAAAACGAAUAGAAUUACUCAUUGUGGAGUUUUAGAGUUUGUUGCGGACGAAGGAAGAGUUUAUUUACCUUGUUGGAUGAUGUAUAAUCUUCUAUUACAAGAAGGAGAAUUAAUAAAUGUUGAAAGUGUAAAUUUACCUGUUGCAACAUUUUCACGUUUUCAACCACAAUCCGAAGAUUUUUUAGAUAUCACAAAUCCUAAAGCUGUUUUAGAAAAUGGAUUAAGAAAUUUUGCUUGUCUUACAACAGGUGACAUUAUUGCUAUAAAAUACAAUCAAAGAAUAUAUGAAAUGUGUGUUUUGGAAACAAGACCAGGUCCAGCAGUCACUAUCAUAGAAUGUGAUAUGAACGUUGAAUUUGCUCCACCAUUGGGAUAUGUAGAAAAAGAGACUAAAAAGGAUGAAAAUGUAGUAGAUCCUGCAGAUUUAAUGCCAGCACCAUCUGGUUUUGUGCCAUUCAAAGGAGAAGGUAAUAGAUUAGAUGGCAAAAAACGUAGAGAUUUUGCAAAACCAGAAGUUACUACAAGUAAACCGGCUUAUGUUAGAGGAAUACCAGAUUAUGAUUAUAAAAUAGGAACACUUACGUUCUUGCGCAUUAGUAAACCUGUUAAUAAUAAAGAGGCAAAAGACCCAGAUGAAUUUAAAGCAUUCACUGGUGAAGGUUUUUCUCUUAGGAAAUCAAAGUAAUUAAAUAAUUGGUUUAUUUAUUUUCAUACAAUUACAUGUAUUUGUAAAAAAAUUUCACCACUUCGAUCUUUAUCCACUGCCUGCAAUUUUAUAUUUAAUGAUAUAUUGAAAAUAUAUUUUAACACAUAUUAACCCAUUGGGACGGCGUCUGUACACUGUACGGUUUCUCAUUUCGUUUCCACUAGCCACGGUUCGUGCAGCGUACGGACCGUCACGUCGCGUGUCGUACGGACGCUUGAUACGCCGCGUCAUUUAUUUUCCUACGUCUAUGUAUCGUAUUUCACAACAUUUUUCAAGGAUGGUUGGUAAUAAUGUUCGUAAUAAUGUUUUGAUCUUUGUAAAGACCAAAUCUUUCGAAUUCUUUUCUGGAGUCGCAAUUUAGCUGUAACAGUCGUCUUGCAAUUAAGUACGCCUUCAACAAGUCAAGAAAUCGCUAGUAGAAAUUUAGUAGAAAGUGAAAAUGAGAGUGAUUCCGAUGAAAUAAUUGAUGAUCAAACAAUCGUAAGUACGAUUACUGAUGCAUUCUUAACUCAUUUUGGAAAUCUAUAUGUCACAAAAUAUCGUCGGUUGCACAAAAAGAAAUUGCGAAUCGUAUGUCGUCCUCAAUGGGUUAAUUUAUAU